AUUUGAUGUGUCCAAUUCCGAUGGGGUCACUUCAAGGGCCACCCGCCUGAAAGAUUUCAUGCCCGCUGCCUUGGACAGGCUGCUUAACCGCCCAGCCGCCCUCCGAGUCUUAGUUGCCCAGCGUUUCCUCGCGGCAUCCUCGUACCGAUGCUACUCUUCAGAUACUGGCAGCUCCAACUCGAACGAAGAUGUGCAGUCCGAUGUCCGCGACAGUAUCGACAUCGACCGGCGAUACAAAAACUUAAAUCCAAGAGGCAGCAAGUUCAGCGAUGAGACGAAAAUACUUGACCGUUGGCAUCCAGCGAGGAUUGCCCAAGCUCCGAAGGAGGAGCAGGCGGUCUUAUGGGCACAGUUGCUGGCGUACCAACAUAGGCUACAAGGACUCGACGGGAUAAAGGAGGUCUACUUCAUGAUGCUCCAUACAGGAUACAGAAUUCCGACGGCCGACACUCGGGAGGCGAGGGCCAUUUGGGGCACACUGUUCAAGAACGCACAGAUCGUACUGCGAGUGAUCGAUUACGCGGCGCAUUACUAUGACGAGACAGGACAGGUCUAUCCCCAUCUGUACGAGCUGUGUAUGGGACGCUGGCUCAGAAAGAAUCCGGAAUUCGCCAUGAAUAUCCAUCAUCGGCUGGUGCACAAGCUCCGGUUGAGAAAGCUUCCACUGCGCGCGCUCGCUCAGAUAGCGAAGCCGACGCGUGACGAAGCUACUCUAUCUACGUUCAUGGAUAUUUAUAGAAGCAGCAGCGAAGUCGAUGUAUACGACGAGAUCGUCCCCGUGCUUUGUGAUCAAGGCGAAAUCACUCUGGCUCGUCGGUGGCACUUCAUGUGCACUCACCGGAAGGACCUACCCUCUCCCUCGGCUGCUUCCCACCCCAUUGUACAACUAUUCAUUGCCGAGUUCUCCUCAAUCUCCUCUCCCGACCCGAUUUCUCUGAUUCGAGCUGAUCAAGGCACCAUUGCACGACAUCUGGAUCUGCCUUCUAGCCCGGCACGACCCAAGAAGUCCAAGCUCAACCACGAACUUAUGCGUCGUCUCGAAGGGAGAGACACCGCUCCCAUCCGGUUUGAUGACCCUUUCUGUGCAAGAUUGUUCGCUACCAAAGCCAUAUCUCCGGCCUCCGUCAUCAAGGGUCUCAUCUUGGCCGGAGUCAAUGAGAUUGGACCAGUGGCACUGCGACAAAUGGGAUUGCGAACCGAUCCCAUCACCGAAUUACCGGAAAGAUUCCGCGAGCUGAAGGAGGGUGGGAUCGCUCUGCACGGCUGCGUCUUCUCACUGGCUCUGGAAAAGUUUGCCAUGGAAGGCAGAUUCGGCCUGGUACGGAGCUUGCUUCGUUGUGACCAGCAUCCAGAUGUGUUCGACGAUGCCAAGGUGCAGAAGGAACUACUCAAUGAGUAUCUCGAGGAAGACGAUCGCAUGCAAGCCCACCGUACGCUUGCUAUCCUCGCUCUUUUCCAUCAAGAUGUCAGCACAGAGUCCUGGAACCUAUUGUUGCAAGCAAGGAUCAAGCGAUUCCACCCUACACAGGUUGUGAAGACGCUCGAGGAUAUGCGCGAUCACGGGGUUCUCCUGUCAGAGGAUUCGUUUAAAGCGCUCAAGACGAUUCUCCGACGACGAAGAAGGCACCGCCUUCCCGACGUAUCCGUUCCAGGCCAAGUCGAUGACCUUCGCUUCCUUGCCCGAUGCUACAUCUUGAUCUUGGAGUCUGGAAUCGGCGUCGUCUUCCCAGUGGCCUGGACCGAACUCAUCCGGCGCUUUGGCCUCUACGGCCGACUGCGAGAGCUCCAACGCCUUCUCAUCUGGCUCCUGUGCUGGUACGCUCCCCGGGACAACCCCGUUUUCGCCCACCUGCCGAAAUCGCCUUUCCUGGACUCCGCGACCGCAAAGGUGCGCCAGGCAUUCCCGGAGCAGUGGCAUACCAUCGAUCGGCUCUUCGGUAAGAAUUUCCAACGGGCCAUCGUCGUCUGGGGGUUCCGCUUCAGCUUCGCCACCAACGCGACGUACGAACAGUCAAUGCUCUCCCGCGUUGCGGCCAAGAAGCACCACCGCUUACGUUUCCUGAGGAAGGGAAUCCUUCGGCGUCUGGAUUGGGCUGCGGGGUUGCGGAUUCUGGUGGCGUUGCGGGAUCGCGGCGUACCCAUUUUCGAGGACGCGUUGAGGAGGACCUUGCACACGCAGUUCGGCGUCAUGUUUCGGACGGGGCCAUUGCUCAAGAGGUAUAAUCGGGUGGUGAGAGAGAAGAACCGGUUGCGUCUCAGUGCCUAUAAACGGAAGGUCAAUGAGAUUUGGGGGAGCCCGCUGUACCGCGAGGUUGUGACCGGCGCGGAUGAUGGAACGCUUGAAGGUGUCCAGUCGAGCGAUACUAACGAAGCAGGUGUGUCUGAAGGCCUCGACAACGUACCACAAGAAAGGGAGGGGAGUGUGGUGGGUCCGCUCUCGGUUCCUGAGGAGCGAGAUGGGCCGGCUGCAACGCAAGCUCCGCGAUCGGGACUUGAGGAGGUAGAAGAGCUGUGCAGAAAGCAAAGUCGGCGGAGAUGAUUUUCAUGUACACAAAUCAGACCGUGUAUGUAUGUACAUAUAUAUAUAUUACAUGAGAUCCCCGUUGGAACAAAC